AUGGAACUCGACACGGGAGCAAGUGUGUCUGUCGUGUCGGAAGAGACCUUUCACCGCACAUUUCCGUCAUGUCGCCUGGAACCGUCAAGCGUCAUGCUGAAAGGUUACACCGGUGAGCUGUCCCCGGUGCAAGGCAGCCUGCCUGCCACUGUAAGACUAGGAAACCAUGAGUGCCGGGACGUGUUGUACGUCGUCCCAGGACACUGCCCGUCCCUGAUGGGACGUGGCUGGAUGAAAGGCCUCGGAAUUGAACUGCGCAAUGUGAUGGACGUUAAGGCUAUCACGUCGGUCGAGGGACUCGUCGCUGAGUAUGCGAGUGUUUUCGACGACGCCUUGGGAGGAUGCAAGGGAGUGUCCGCGAAAAUAACAAUCGAAGACAACGUGAAGCCGAGGUUCAAGGAUCGUCCUGUUCCGUUCGCAAUGAUCGACCGCGUCAACGAGGAACUGAUGCGCAUGGAACGAGUUGGAGUGCUGCGUCCAGUUAAGACUUCGGAAUGGGCUGCACCUAACGUGCCUAUCUUGAAGCGAAGUGGCCAGAUUCGGAUAUGUGUCGACUUCAAGGUCACUGUUAAUCCCGUGACAGUGCCUGAAAAGUACCCGAUACCACGCGUUGAAGACCUGUUUAGCCGUCUUGGCGGUGGCGAGAAGUUCAGCAAGUUGGACUUGAAGGAUGCGGAUUUGCAAGUUCAACUGGACGAGGCAUCCCGCAAGCUGGUGACAAUCAACACACCAAAAGGACUGUACCAAUACACGCGUUUGCCUUUUGGCGUCACAUCUGCUCCUUCAAUUUUCCAGCGGGAGAUGGAAAACCUGCUACAAGGGCUCAGACACGUUGUGGUGUAUUUCGACGACGUUCUUGUGACUGGACGCGACGACCAGGACCAUCUAACAAACCUGGGCCUAGUCCUAAGCCGACUGAAGCAAGCUGGGCUUAAAUUGAAGCUUGAUAAGUGUACCUUCCUGGAAUGGCAAGUUCAAUACCUGGGUCACGUUGUGACGGCUGCGGGGUUUCAACCCAAUCCUGAAAAGGUAGAGGCUGUGCUGAAGGCCCCUAUGCCCAAAUAUGUCAAGGCAUUACAGAGUUACCUAGGCCUAGUCAACUUUUACCGCAGGUUUCUGCCUGAACUGUCUAGUGUGUUGCAUGCCUUGAACGAGCUGCUUGUGGCCAAGGUGCCUUGGGAGUGGCGUGAGGAUCACGAACGUGCUUUCCAAAGGAGCAAGGAGCUACUUGUUUCAGCAGCAGUGCUGGCGCAUUAUGACCCCAACAAACCCGUGGUUCUCGUAUGCGAUGCGUCACCUUACGGCGUUGGCGCCGUUCUGGCCCAUAGGGAAGACUCGGGGGCUGAACGACCAAUCGCAUUUGCAUCACGAAGUCUCGCGCCAGCCGAGUGGAACUACAGUCAUCUCGACAAGGAGGCUCUUGCGCUCAUGUUUGGCGUAACCAAGUUCCGACAAUACCUCUGGGGACGCGAGUUCGAGGCUAUUACGGACCAUAAACUAUUACUGGGCUUGCUGGCUCCGGACAAGCGCGUGCCUGAGGUGUGUUCACCGCGUAUCAUGCGUUGGGCGCUGAUGCUUGGAGCAUAUAACUACAAGCUCAUGUACCGGCCGGGAGCAAGCAUUGCCAACGCGGAUGGUUUGAGUCGCCUACCACUACCAGUGUACGCUCAACCUGUGGAGAGGCCAGCGGAAGUUUUCAUGCUGGAGGCUGCUUAUCCUCGGGUACUGCGGUCGACUGUAGUCACGGAAGUUACGUCCAAGGACUCAACCUUAGCGAAGCUACGAGAUGCCUUAUGGUCUGGAGCUGAGCUACGUGACCCCGAGUUCAGGUUCUACGCAGAUCGAAAACUUCAGAUGAGCGUGCAAGAAGACUGUUUACUUCUCGGAUCGCGGGUGAUCAUCCCAAGUGCAUUGCAGCAAGAAGUGUUGCGACUCCUUCAUGAGGGGCACCCUGGAAUGACCAAGAUGACGGCUAUCGCCAGGAGUCACGUCUGGUGGUCCUCGUUGGAUGAGGACAUUACUGCUGCAGUUCGCCAGUGUCAGGAUUACUCCCCACGAAACUACCAGGUGCUCGCCAGCGGAGCUGAUCAUGGGCCGUAA